AUGGAUAUAAUACACUUUGUGGAAUUAGUUAAUUUUUACAACCGUGCUGAAGAAAAUAAUGAACGUGUUCCUAAACGAUAUAUUAGAGACAUGCAAAAUCCAAUUGAUUUUUAUGACGAUAAAGAAUUUUUUAACAGAUUCAGAUUUUCUAAAACUACAGUAUUGCAAAGUUUAAUGCCCCUCGUAUUUAAUGACAUUGAAGCCGAAUUCAAUGAGAGGCCUUCCAAUUCCACCAUUAUUGAAACUACUUGCAGUGUUACGGUAUUAUGGAACUGGAAAUUUCCAAAUAGUUACUGUAAGUUACCGACUUUUGUAAAGUUUCCUGCUACCCUAGAAGGAAAAAUACAUAAUCAAGUGUUAUUUUCAAAUAUUGCUGGAUUUGUUGGUGUUGAUGGUGCAAUAGACUGUACCCAUAUACCAAUACUAAAUCCUGGAGGUGACCAAGGGGAAAAUUUCAGGAACAGAAAAGGCAUAUUUUCAAUAAAUGUACAGAUUGUGAGUGGACCUAGAUGUGAAAUACUGGAUAUUGUAGCUAGAUGGCCAGGAUCUGUUCAUGAUAGUCGUAUUUUUAGGUACAAACAUGUUUUGCUAUAA